ACUGUGUGUGUGUGUGUGUGUGUGUGCGUGUGUGUGUGUGUGUGUGUGUGUGAGAGAGUGUGUUUGAUUGUCUCCAUUUGUGUGUUACAACGGCACCCAAGUUCUGUUACAUGAUCUUUUAGGCCCAUCCGCUCUUCUUCCUAAAAUAACCCCUUCUCUCUCACACACACACACACACACACACACACACACACACACACACACACACACACACACACACACACACACACACACACAUAUAUAUACUGUACACCACACAGGAAUAAGAGGCACUGUACCACAUUAGCACUUCUGGUGUCUGUGUGUCUGUAUUAGUUCAGCUCUGAGGGACAUUGUGAUUAAGCAGCUGAACUGAUCUCAUUGACAUUUCAGAUUAGCACUCUCUGCAGGGCUCCCCUGCCUUGUCUCUCUCUCUCUCUGUCAUUGAUACAGGAUUAAGAUAGCCCUUUAAAUACGUGAGGAUGAUGAUGGUAAGCGACGACUAUCUGGUGGAGUGUAAGAUCGAUGACGACAGUGAUGAAGACUAUAGAGGACCAGAAGAACAGAUAACCACGCCUCCUCCUCCCCCUGAGUUUGCAUCCAAAGCCUCGACUCCAGCGUCCAUUUCUCCGACCCCUCCCACGGCCCCUGCUAUGCCUACACCAACCAUUACGCCCUCACCCACCUAUCCUAUCAACAGGGACCCUCAUGGAAUCAACCAGCACCUAAAGGUGGAGGUCAGUGACGUACUGGCGGAGCCCGCCACACCUCGUAGCAUAGACCAAGUGUGGCUUUACAGUGUGGUAGGCUUCGAGGGCGCUCGUAUCUGGACGUACCGCUGCCUCUCCUUGUUGCUUGCCGUGCCCUUAGCUCUCCUUUGUGGUAUCUCCCUGGCCAUUCUCGCCUGUCUACAUGUCUGGUUUGUGGUGCCUUGCAUACAGCUGAGCAACACCUUCCUUCCCUGCCUGCGGUCCGUGUGUAUGUGUGCUGUGAAUGUUUUCAUCGCUCCCUUCUGUACGUCUCUCGCUCUCUGCUGCAGUCAAAUCACCAUUACACUGUCCAACAAGGACUGGCAUCGAAUGAGAGACAAAGAGUCUGUAUGAGUGUGAGACAAAUGGAGUGAUAUCGAGUGACUGAGUGAGUGGGAGAGAGGGUGAGAGAAUUUAUUAGAAUUUGCAUGUGUCUUUUUUAGUUUUUUAAUUGGCAUGGUUCUGCAACAUGGUAAUGCUAUUUGAUAUGUUUUCUAUGUGUAAAGCAAUUCAUACAAAAUAUUAUUGUUAUUUUAAAAAUAAACUCUGAUUCAAUUGUACCAAGCUAUCAAUAAAAUAUAUGUCAAAGAUU